GCUUCGCCCCGCCAUAUAGCCAUUUACCACGACCUUACGUUCCCGCUCAAGUUUGACAUUUCACCGCGUUUUGGCGCCAAAGCUGCCCGUCAACCGCAAACCGCAAUUCCUUUGUACGCGAAUUAUUUUUCGGUUUUGUUUUCGACAAGUGUUUUUUUUUACAUCGUUUUUUUAUUCCAAGCAAUUAAUAUUUUUUGUUGACUGUGUUUGUGUUGUUUAUGAGUUUGUUUUCAUUUAAUUUUUGUUUAUUUUCUGUGAAAUAUUAAUCAUCAGAUGGUCGACAGAUAAUGUACCAUCCUGUGCGUAGAAAAAUGAAGAAUUUCGUUAACAGUGCCAUAUUUAUUUUAUGUUUAGUUACACCAACAUUAACAAGCCCGAGAGCGUUUGAUGUUCCAUUCAAAAGAAACGACAAAAAGCAAGAAGAUUUCGAUAAUAAUAUCAUAGAUUUUGAUGAUGAAUAUUCAAUUAAGUUAAAUAAAAAUUAUGACACAACAUCAUGGAACAAUAUAGAUAGUAAACAAAGAGAUUCAUAUAGAUAUACUAUUGUAAAAGAUAAGCUUAUUAAUAGAGAUAAAGAAUUAAACCAAAAUCAAACAGAUAAAGUAACAAAUAUUACUCAAGCAACAAAAUCUGUAGAAGAAUCAACAGAGUUAUCAGAAUUUAGUGUUAUACCACUAGAAUUAGUUAGUACUACUGAAAAUAUAUUACUAAGUGUAGUAGAAAGUACGACUGAUACGGAUUUAACAGUAAUACCACUAUCAACAACGAAAACAAUAUUACCAGAGUUUGAUAUUCAUCAAACUGUUACAUUACCAGUUUCAACGCAACCAUCUGAAGAUUACACUCCGACAACUGAACAUAAUGAUGUUACGACAAAGUUUAUUGACAAUGAAACAAAUCAUACAACACUAAGCAUAGAGUUCACAACUCAUUCAAAUAAUGAAAGUGCAACACUACUAGAUGUUGUAGCAGCUGAGACGAUCAGAAAUAAUAAUACAAAACUCGAGUUCGAAGUUCGAAAAGAAAAUAACUCUACAGAUAAAGUAGACGUUACGACAUUUACAACUGAACACGAGAUUAUUAAUACUUCAACUACCAUCGAAUCUAUAAAUCGAUUAGAUGAAACUACUGAAUCUAGUGAAACUACUGGGUCUAAUGAAGAGGAGGUACCAAUAUUCACUGAAUUAGAUACAGAAGAAGAAGAGGAAAAGGAUGUUCCAGAAGAUUAUUACGAUUCCAAAGAUAUUGUUCCUACAAUUGCACCAAAAACAGACGCUCUUUCAGUGAUAUUUGGCUUCGCUGGCAGCGUUGUGGAGAGCGUUGUAGAGACGGUCGCUGAAAGAGUGGUCCCAAAUUGGAUUUACGAUAUUUAUAAACGAAUGCAGAAGCAAAGUGAGGCUUUGGAAGCUGAAAAGUUAAGAAGUAGAGAAGAAAAUGGUGGAUUGGGACAAUUUGGUCGUGGAAUUCUGAAGACUAUUUCUUCGGGUAUCAGCAGGCCUUUCAGCCAGCUAAUGGCGGGUGUCCGAGACAUCGGUUCGUUGGAUAGUGACCGAGGAUUUGUCAGUAGCUUGGCAUCUGGAGUGACCAGUGUCGCAAAUGUUGCCAAUUCUGUUGUAGAUGCCUUCAAAGAUAGAGUUCAAGCGAUAUACCCAGGUACGGUGUGGUGUGGUGACGGUCACUCAGCAGCGGCGCGCUCCGGUGAGCUGGGCCUGUUCUUCUUCACCGACACCUGCUGCCGCCAGCACGACGCUUGCAAGAUCUACAUCCGCGCCGGUGAGACCAAGUAUGGUCUCACUAAUACUGGUCUAUUCACACGCCUGCGAAGGACCAACUCACUGGUGUCGGCGCAGAUCGGCCUCACUUACUUCAAUGUGUUGGGACCGCAGUGCUUCAGGAAGGCACAUCCCAUCGUCAAAUGCGUGCGUCGUACUAGAAUAACUGGUCAGAAAUGCGAAGAGUACGAGCUGGACUAUACCAAGCCUAAGAUGUGGCAGUGGUUUGAUUCAGAGACCUUCUGAUGCAGCAGACCUGUAGACCACUAGCAGACAACCAGCGGAUUACUAGCAGGCUGCCAACGGCUGCAGACGUCGCAGAUCGAUUCAUGUUGCAAAUAAUUGAACAUCAAGGGAACAUUCCUUGACGGAGGCGAUUCGCCUUUUGUUUACUUAGAACUUGGAGUUAUAAAGUUUACAUUAAACUUAGCUUUAUUAUUAAUCUAUUUCUUAGAGCGCUGCGCACAGCGUGUCGUUUAGUCCUUUCUUAACAACUCUUCUAGACCAGAGAUUGCCAAACUUUUUCCAUGUAAACUAAAAUUUUACUGGUUUCGGAGAACUUAUUGUUGCUACAUUUGUUCUUGAAUUUGUGAAAGCGCAAUUAUAUUUCCUGCUAUAUAUCCGCCAAGAUGUUGUAUAAAUCAAAUAAUUAUGUGUUCAACGAUUAACUUAAAAGGAAUUGGUAUAUUUUAAUCUU